CGUCUAGUUGGCGGUUUCUUCUCCCAUUCAUAUGUAUAUAUAUAUGACCCGAUUGAAAAUCAAACCCACCGCACCGUUUUUUGAUUCAUCUUAUCUCUCCUCCCAUUUUCUCUGACAUUUCAGUUUUCACCAAAACUUUCACUCAAAGAUUGAGAUCUGAUCGGCGAUUUCAAGCAAUUCACUCAUGGCGGUGGUGUCACCCCUUGCCAAAUACAAGUUGGUAUUUUUGGGAGAUCAAUCCGUCGGCAAAACCAGCAUCAUCACCAGAUUCAUGUACGACAAAUUCGAUACCACCUAUCAGGCCACCAUCGGCAUCGAUUUCUUGUCUAAAACAAUGUACCUUGAAGAUAGAACAGUUCGGUUGCAGCUUUGGGAUACAGCUGGCCAGGAGAGAUUUAGGAGUCUCAUUCCAAGUUAUAUAAGAGAUUCAUCGGUUGCGGUAAUUGUCUAUGAUGUUGCCAAUCGACAGUCAUUUUUGAACACUUUAAAGUGGAUAGAGGAAGUACGUACUGAGCGAGGCAGCGAUGUGAUUAUAGUCCUUGUUGGGAACAAAACUGAUCUUGUUGACAAAAGGCAAGUUUCAAUUGAAGAAGGAGACGGCAAGGCUCGUGAAUUCGGGGUCAUGUUUGUAGAAACCAGUGCAAAAGCUGGAUUUAACAUUAAGCCUUUAUUCCGAAAGAUUGCAGCUGCGUUGCCAGGGAUGGAGACUCUUUCGUCAACGAAACAAGAAGACAUGGUUGAUGUGAAUUUGAAAUCUUCAUCAAAUACGAACCAGUCAGAUCAGCAAGGCGGAGGCUGCGCAUGCUAAUCGUCAUCGAUCAUAUUCACUUCACUUGUAUUAAUGAUUUGAUUUUUAAACCUAUUAAUUUUCUUGCUCCAUUAUUUUUUCCAGAAAUUCGAAUUUUGUGCUUUCAAAUGACACAUCUUUGUGCCUCAGGUUAUAUGGAUUAGAGUUUCCCUUUUAACAGGUUAAUCUAAAAGUCAAUGGCUGAUGCUGC